AUGACUGCGGUUGAAAAGAAAAAAAGUGGUGUAUUUUUUGUUUAUGGGCAUGGCGGAACAGGUAAAACAUUCCUAUGGAAGACCUUGGCUGCAUCAAUAAGAUCUAAAGGAGAAAUUGUUUUAAAUGUUACUUCCAGUGGUAUUGCAUCUUUACUUCUUACAAGUGGCACAACAGCACACUCCCGGUUUCACAUCCCGCUCAUUCUCAAUGAAGAUUCUCUUUGCCACAUGAAGCCAGACAAUGAUGUUGCGAGCUUAAUAAAGAAAACUACUUUGAUAAUAUGGGAUGAGGCACCAAUGGUUCAUAAACAUGCAUUUGAAGCAUUAGAUAGAAGUAUGAAUGAUAUUUUCAAUGCUCAGCGUAGUGGUGACUCACAUAUGCUUUUUGGGGGUAAGGUAAUUGUUUUUGGAGGAGAUUUCAGACAGAUUAUGCCGGUCAUUCCUAAUGCAGUCCUCAGGUUAACUAGGAACAAGAGGCUAACUGCAAACAGUGAGAGUUCAGAAAUUGAACAAACAAGGGAUUUUGCAAAAUGGAUUUUGGACUUAGGAGAAGGAAAAGUUGGAGGUGAUAAUGAUGGUGAAACAGUUAUUGAGAUACCUCAUGAUCUUCUCAUUUUCGAUUGCAUCGAUCCUAUAUCUGCAUUAAUCGAAUUUGUCUAUCCUUCAAUUCUUGAAAACAUCAACAACUCAGUUUAUUUUCAAGAACGAGCAAUACUUGCCCCAAAAAAUGAAGUAGUUCAAGAAAUAAAUGAUUGUUUGUUGUCAUUGUUUCCAGGAGAAGAAAAGGAGUACUUAAGUUCAGAUACGUUAUGUGAAUCAGAGCACCUUCAUGAUGAGUUUGAUAAAACUUUGUACUCUCCUGAUAUUUUAGAUGGUCUUAAAUUAUCAGGAAUACCAAACCAUAAGAUUUUACUAAAAGUUGGUGUUCCUAUCAUGUUACUAAGGAAUAUUGAUCAAAAAUCUGGAUUAUGUAAUGGUACUAGACUGCGGGUGUUAACAUUGGGAAAUCGAGUAAUAGAAGCACAGGUCAUAGCUGAAAGCAAUUUUGGAAGUCGUACAUUCAUUCCAAGAAUGUCCUUAACACCUAUAGACAAAAGGAUACCAUUCAAAUUUCAAAGGAGACAGUUUCCGAUUGUUGUAUGUUUUGCCAUGACCAUUAAUAAGAGCCAAGGACAAUCAUUAUCAAAAGUUGGUUUAUUUUUAAGACAACCGGUCUUCACGCAUAGUCAGUUAUAUGUUGCUUUAUCCAUAGUCAAAAGCAAGCAAGGUUUGAAAGUACUAAUUAUGGAUUAUGAUGGCAUUAUUGACAGUAAAACAACGAAUGUUGUAUACAAAGAAGUGUUUAGUAAUAUAUGA